AUGCUUUUUUCAUUUAAUAUGCAAUUCCACUUGAUACAUGAUACAUGCUAUAAGUGCUGGAGGAAUUUCUGGUUUAAAAUUACCAACAUCGCUUUCAGAGAGUCCGAAUUUGUGAAAUGUUCUGUUUCAGACGAUGAAGAAACCAAAAGGGUGGCUAGGGUUUCGUUCGUGCAGCUCAUGCUUGAAUGGGUUUCAAGAUUUUCCGGUGAAGCCAUCGAAAGUUUCGAACUUUCUCUAUCAAAACCGGUGGGUUUCGAAACAGAAAUCAACUCACUUAUUGAAUUCGUCGUCCCAAAACCAGUCAAGAAUCUAGUUCUUGAUAUCUUAGAUCGUUCUUGGAUCACCAAUAAUGAAGCAGCAACAAAAGCAAUUUUGGUUCAAUUGCCUGCAUGCUUUUACAAUCUAACAAGCCUCGAGUCACUGAAGCUUUUUGCUUGCGGUUUUGAUCCAUCAAGGCUCACAAAACCAGGUACGCUAAAACUUCUCUCUUUCGGGUGGAUCCAACUCAAAAACAUCAUGUCUUAUAUAUCAAGGACUCCAAUUCUCGAGAGUCUAAGCAUGCAAAAUUGCUGGGACGUUGGUCUCGAAGAGAUAACCAGAGAUAACAGCCGGUUAAGAGAAUUAGUAUUUGAGAAUUGCGAUUUGGCCACCACCUAUUCUACACUCGACUUGCCCAAUAUUCAGAUCUUCAAGAUAAUGGAAGAAGCAUACUUGGAUUUUGGGGCGGAGACAGAGUACGAUGAAGAAACAGGAACACUUCUUUGUGGUCUCCUUUACAAUCUGUUAUCCGCCAAGAAGUUAACAUUCUGUCCUUUUCUCAUUCAACUGAUUCAAGAUGGUGAGGAUAAUGCAAGCAUCAAUGGAAAUACAACAUCUGGUAAUGAAGAUAAAUAUGCUUCCCAGCUCAUGAUCAACAGCUGUCUAGACUUGGAAACUCUAACUUUCCAAAUGGUUGCUCCUAGAUCUGUCUCAACAACAACUUCUGGGAUUGAUCCAGAAACUUAUUGGAGGUUUGAAAUCAACCUCUGGGUGCUCAAAGAAGACGUUGAAGGUUGUGGAGUUGAGGAACUUCAGUGGAAGCUCUUUCUGAUUCGGUGUGGUCGUGUGUUGGAAAGGGUUGACCUUUGUUUUCCUUGUCGAGUGGAGGAGAGUCAAAGGAUGUUGGCACUUGCUGCUGUUGAGAAAAUUGGGACUACCUUCAAGACAGCUUCUGAGCGUUUAAGGAUUUUUGUGCACAACAGUUGA